UUACAUAGCAACAGUCAACGCUCUGAUGGAAGCUAGCUAGCGUGCCGUUUGGGCCAAGGGCAGCAAUGAUAGCCGAUGACGAUCUGGAUGAACUGCUGGAUGAAGUGGAAAAAAAGUUUUGUCGUAACGUUUCUGUGGCGUGUUCAGUCCCUGAAGCGUCAAACAAGGCUGUAAAAUGUGGUAAAGAGGAGCAGAAUAAAUAUGGUGCUUCAAAACAUGAGAAACCAAUAAGCAGCAUUUCGGAGGAUAUCGAUGCCCUUCUGGAAGAAUUACUGGACGACGAUGGCAGUGAUUCCCUCAAAUCAAAGCCUGACCAGUUUGAUAAGGAACAUCAAGAUGAAAAGAAGCUGCCAGGCCCAUCUGGAAGAAAGUGCUGUCCUGUUUUCCUGGGAGGCAGCUCAGUCAUAAAUGGCAUUGGAACAGCCACAUCAAAGAGGUCAUGUGAUCAGCUGCGGUGUAUAUCAUGUGACUUCCGGGUGCUGAUGUUUGAUGAUUGUGAGUGGGACCCCUCGUGUGACUACCUGUUCUUAAGGAACAACAUGCCAGACCGUCAGAAGCUCAGAACCAAGUUGAGGAAGAGGAGGGGCUUGCGGGCGUACGCCUGCCAGUGCAGCUGGUUGUCCAUGUCAGAGCCGGCAGACGUCAGGGAGCAACCUCAGCUCAGAUGGGUCUGUGGCAAACACCAGGACUGACGUCUGUUAGGCUGCCCACCAGGGGACCAAAGCACACAAUUCUCCCUCUGACUGUUAAGCAUUUAACAGAUCUUUCACCAUCUUUUAGGCCAUGAAGACUCUAUUGAAAUCUUGUUGUUGAUAAAAGUGGUUCAAAGGUCAUGUACCCACAGGUUAUGUGUUUUGUAAAUUAUCCUUUGAUAGGAUGGUCCCCAGUCUGUCCUUUGAGACAUCAGAUGUGGAGUUUGUUCUGUAAGUGAGGUGGACUCAGCUACGGGAACAUUAUUCAGUGGUAUAACAAGCUGUUUUGUACCACCUGCGAAUCAUUGAUUGAUAACUUUUCUUUGUAAAAUGACCCUUUGCUGAGCAAUCACCUGAACUCAUUUAAAGCCGCGUGAAGUUGAGCCACAGAUUCAGUCAAUUAUGCUCCCCAAUUCAAAUGUAUGAUGAAAUAUAACAUGAUAUUCGUUAGAAACACUUUUACGAUAAAACAAAGAUUCAGAUCAUAUGGAAAGACAUUUUCAAAUAUUUGCUGUUUCGCGUUGGCACACGUGGUUUAAGAUUAUGCUGUAAAAUUGCAAUUGUAACUGCCAUGUAUUGUUGUCUAAGUCAGUGACUUCUCCAGAUGUCUGUUAUAUAAACUUUUUUUAAUUCCCAGAUGUUUGUCUUCAAACAAUUUCAUUGUUAA